AGGCCAGGCUCUCUCCCAACCUCAGUCGCGUUCUGGCCAUCAACAGCGGCUGCAGGCUUGAGCGGCGGUCUACUCGGAAGUGCUAUGAUGCCACUGCACGUGGAGGGUGGCUCGCAAGUGCAGGUGCCGCGGGCCCUGAUGCAGGCGUUCCUGCAGCAGGAUCCGAAUCAUCCGGGCUUGGAGACGGUCCGCUUGCCGGCUCCGUCGUGUGGCGCCGACGAAGGCGGACCACCCCAACACUGUCGCGAAGUGGAGACUGAGCUGUGCCUCGUCUGUCGCCGUUGCGGUCGCGCGUAUCCGCAGGAGUCGUCGCUAUUGGCACACCAGCGAUCCUGCUAUCUGGGCAAUCAGCAACGUCGCGGCGCCCUGCGUCUCGUGCAAGUGCGUUACUGCUGUUCGUUAUGCGAGCCCGGCGUAUCAACGCGCACCUACACCACCGUGAGCGAGUGGCGUCGUCACGCCGAGACGCUGCAGCAUCGGAGUACGACUGGUCAGCUACAGGCCAGUGACCGGGUCGGCAGUCAGGACAACAACAAUGGACCCGAUGCCAAGCGGCAGAAGCUGGUGCAAGAAGUCACCGCUCUCGCCGGUGCACGUUAAACGCCAUCAUAUCGGAGCUCGGGGAUUGGUCUACCAUCUCUCUCAAAAACAGGAAAGUUGCGCGCACAAAAUGGCAGCGAAUAACAAUAGAACUAGGGACUGCAAAAGGAAAAUGUGGAAAGAUGGGCAAAAGAGGGAGAGACGAGAACCUAUAGACGUCACUUGGAGGAGGUCGGACCCCGAGGACGUCGCAGUGAACGAGCCAAUGUUCCUAACCGGCGAUUAACGGGCAAGCACGGAGUGUCCAUCUCGGUGAUGCACCCCGUCGGGGGCAUUUGCCCCGUGGCGGUAGGAGAGGGGGCAGGAAAGGGAGGCACAUUACUCAGGCGCGGAUGGCGGACGGUCAUUGAUGUUCUCUCUCUUAAUUUCGUCGUAAUUUAUGCACCGCCAGCACAUAACCACCCUCCAACCGCUUCCCUGCCCCCUGGCCCCCGCCCCCCGCGGUUCGCCUAUUAUUUUUGUAAUGCGAAUCCUGCGCAGCGCGCGCCGUGAAAAUGCGCGCUCUCCAAAGUUCCUCUCGUAGCACGAAAGAAAAAGAAAAAAAUUAAUAAUAAAAAAAAAGGUAGCAAAAGGACAGAGAGAGAGACUCGACGAAGGACGAGCUAGUCUAGGUGGAAUCGACUGCGGAACGAUCGAACGAGCACGAUCGAGAAAUCCUCCUUGCUGGUCGGCCAACAACCGAUCGAUCGGUCGAUCGAUCAGUCAGUGGCUCGAUCGGAUCGAGCUGAUCUUGGGCGCGAUUCUUCUCGGAACGAUGUGCGCGGUAUGUUUCCAGGUGAGGAGAGUACGGGAAGUUCCGGAGGGAAAGUGCGUCGUGCGACGCGGAACGACGCGCGUCGAGGUGGGCUAACUUAAACGUUCCUAUGUAAAGUAAUAAUAAAGAUUUAAAGCAGAGUUACUAAGAAAAGAAAAAGAGAAGCAGGAAGAUACAAGCGGACGCUAUUAGGCGCGGCGUAUA